AUGAUGCCUUUAACUGCCCGAUCGCUUUUAAAGAGGGUCUCUGUCCCACGGCUAAGGACUGGCUAUGUGACAUCAGUCAUCCGAGCCACCAAUGCCUCGAGGUCGCUUAGCUCUCGCGCAUCCGAGCGGGCGGCUCUCCCCACCAUCGCCAACUACCCCAGCCGCGUGCGUUCACACUCUCCGGCCAAAGUUGCUCUUUCUCACCCAUUUUCAAGAUGGAGUUCCUCUUCUUCCACGUCUGCGUUACCAGCAUUGAAGAAAACACAACUAUAUGAUCUGCAUAUUACCCGCAAAGCCAAAAUGGGCCCUUUUGCCGGAUACUCUAUGCCAUUGCAGUACGCUGAUCUUAGCCAUAUAGAGAGCCACCACUGGACCAGAACCAAGGCUAGUUUGUUUGAUGUGAGCCAUAUGGUUCAACAUCAUAUUCGCGGGCCUGGUGCUCUAGAUCUUCUCAUGAAAGUUACACCUUCAUCCCUGAACCUGCUCCACGACAACCGAUCAACUCUCUCCUGCCUCCUCGAUGAAAAAACUGGUGGUAUCAUCGACGACACUGUUAUUACCCGUCUGGGCCCCGAAUCAUUCUACAUUGUAACAAACGCCGGUCGACGCAAAGAAGACCUAGAAUUCCUCCAGAAAGAAAUUGAUGAAUUUAGACAGUCACAUGACCCUUCUUCCCGCGAAUCCGUCAUUAACUGGUCUAUCCUCGAUAGCAGAGCUCUCGUCGCCCUCCAAGGCCCCUCAAGCGCCGCUGUUCUCCAGUCCCUCAUUACCCCCGGCGAAGCGUCCAUAGACUCCGACCUCAGCACACUUCACUUCGGCCAAAGUCGCUCCUUACAUCUCAAUUUACCAGAUGGCACGCACACACCAUCCCGCCUCCUCAUUUCUCGCACAGGCUACACCGGGGAGGAUGGCUUCGAAAUUUCUAUCCCCACCGACAAUGAUCCGCAGCUCCCCAUCAAAGUCUCCGAGCUAUUCCUCUCCAACCCUGAAGUCCGUCUUGCAGGCCUAGCCGUCCGCGACUCCCUGCGUCUUGAAGCAGGAAUGUGUCUGUAUGGCCACGACAUAACCAUCGCACAAACUCCUCCAGCAGCCGCCCUUGGCUGGCUCGUUGGCAAGGACAGACGCGACCCAUCGUCCCCUGCUUCUUCCUUUAAUGGUGCCGCUGUCAUUCUUCCGCAACUCGAGUCGCCGGCUAAAACGCUCAAGGAGCGACGCGUCGGGCUGACUAUUGAGGCUGGACCUCCUGCGCGCGAAGGUGCACCAAUUGUUGAUAUCGCUGAUGGUACGACGCAGGUUGGGGUGGUUACAUCUGGUUUGCCAAGCCCCACGCUGGGAGGAACCAACAUUGCGAUGGGAUAUGUGAAGCAAGGGCUUCAUAAAAGAGGAACAGAGGUCGGCGUUUUGGUUAGGAAAAAACUGCGCAAAGCUACUGUUACUCCUAUGCCUUUUGUGCCGAAUAAGUUCUACAAGGGGUGA